UUUUUGUCUACAGAAUCAAAAUAUUUGCUCAACAGUGGACUCGGAGACCAUUAAAAAUAAACUCCCACUUGAAUAUCAUUUGACUGCAUAGCCAGGGUCUCACUGAGUUGGUUAGGGGGUUGCUAAGUUGUGGAGGCUGGCCUGGAACUUGUGAUCCUCUUGUCUCAGUCUCGAGUCACGGAGAUUAUAGGCAUGAUCCACCACGCCUGACAGCAUAGUUUUCAGCAGACACAACAUCUUUGUUUGUAUGUGGUGCUGAGGAUCGAACCUGGGCCGCACGCAUGCUAGUCACUAAUGUAUAAUCAGGAUGAGUGGGUUAGGAGAAAAUUUGGAUCCACUGGCCAGUGACUCACGAAAACGCAAAUUGCCAUGUGAUACUCCAGGACAGGGUCUUACCUGCAGUGGUGAAAAGUGGAGACGAGAGCAGGAGAGUAAAUAUAUUGAAGAAUUGGCUGAACUGAUAUCUGCAAAUCUUAGUGAUAUUGACAAUUUCAACGUCAAACCAGAUAAAUGUGCAAUUUUAAAGGAAACAGUAAGACAGAUACGUCAAAUAAAAGAGCAAGGAAAAGCUAUUUCUAGUGAUGAUGAUGUUCAGAAAGCGGAUGUGUCUUCUACAGGACAAGGUGUUAUUGAUAAAGACUCUUUAGGACCACUUUUACUUCAGGCAUUGGAUGGUUUCCUGUUCGUGGUGAAUCGAGAUGGAAACAUUGUAUUUGUGUCAGAAAAUGUCACACAAUACCUGCAAUAUAAACAGGAGGACUUGGUUAACACAAGUGUGUAUAAUAUUUUGCAUGAAGAAGAUAGAAAGGAUUUUCUUAAAAACUUACCAAAAUCUACAGUUAAUGGAGUUUCCUGGACAAGUGAAACCCAGAGACAAAAAAGCCAUACAUUUAAUUGCCGUAUGUUGAUGAAAACAACACACGAUAUUCUGGAAGACAUGAAUACCAGUCCUGAAAUGCGCCAGAGAUAUGAAACAAUGCAGUGCUUUGCCUUGUCUCAGCCACGAGCUAUGAUGGAGGAGGGGGAAGAUUUGCAGUCCUGUAUGAUCUGUGUGGCUCGUCGCAUUACUACAGGAGAAAGAGCAUUUCAGUCAAAUCCUGAGAGCUUUAUUACUAGACAUGAUCUUUCAGGGAAGGUGGUCAAUAUAGACACAAAUUCACUGAGAUCCUCCAUGAGGCCUGGUUUUGAAGAUAUAAUCCGAAGGUGUAUCCAGCGAUUUUUCAGUCUUAAUGAUGGCCAGUCAUGGUCCCAGAAACGUCACUAUCAAGAAGCUUAUAUUCAUGGCCACGCGGAAACCCCAGUGUAUCGAUUCUCGUUGGCUGAUGGAACUAUAGUGACUGCACAAACAAAAAGCAAGCUCUUUCGGAAUCCUGUGACAAAUGACCGUCAUGGCUUUGUCUCAACCCACUUUCUUCAGAGAGAACAGAAUGGGUAUAGACCAAACCCAAAUCCUGUGGGACAAGGCAUUAGACCUCCUGUAGCUGGAUGCAGCAGUUCAGUAGGAGGCAUGAAUAUGUCACCAAACCAAGGAUUACAGAUGCUGAGCAGCAGGGCCUACGGCUUGACAGAUCCCAACGCCACAGGGCAGAUAAGUGGAACGAGGUAUGGGGCUUCCGGUAACAUAGCCUCAUUGACCCCUGGGCCAGGCGUGCAGUCACCAUCUUCCUACCAGAAUAAUAACUAUGGGCUCAGUAUGGGUAGCCCCCCACAUGGCAGUCCAGGUCUUGGCUCCAACCAGCAGAGCAUCAUGAUUUCUCCUCGAAAUCGUGGGAGCCCGAAGAUGGCGUCACACCAGUUUUCUCCUGUUGCAGGUGUGCACUCUCCCAUGGGGUCUUCUGGCAGCACUGGGAGCCACAACUUUUCUAGCAGCUCUCUCAGUGCCCUGCAAGCCAUCAGUGAGGGUGUGGGCACCUCCCUUUUAUCUACUCUGUCUUCACCAGGCCCCAAGUUGGAUAACUCGCCCAAUAUGAAUAUAACGCAACCAAGUAAAGUGACCAGUCAAGAUUCCAAGAGUCCCCUGGGUUUGUACUGUGAUCAAAAUCCGGUAGAGAGCUCAAUGUGUCAGUCAAAUAGCAGAGAUCACCUCAAUGACAAAGAAAGUAAGGAGAGCAGUGGUGAAGGGUCAGAGAAUCAACGGGGUCCUUUGGAAAGCAAAGGUCAUAAAAAGUUACUGCAGUUACUGACCUGCUCUUCUGAUGACCGAGGUCAUUCUUCCUUGACCAACUCCCCUUUGGAUUCAAGUUGUAAAGACUCUUCUGUUAGUGUCACCAGCCCCUCUGGAGUCUCCUCCUCAACAUCAGGAGGAGUGUCCUCCACAUCCAAUAUGCAUGGGUCACUGUUGCAAGAGAAACACCGUAUUUUGCACAAGUUGCUGCAGAAUGGGAAUUCACCAGCUGAGGUAGCCAAGAUUACUGCAGAAGCCACUGGGAAAGAUACCAGCAGUACUACUACUUGUGGUGAAGGAAAUGUCAAGCAGGAGCAGCUAAGUCCUAAGAAGAAGGAGAACAAUGCACUUCUUAGAUACCUGCUGGACAGGGAUGAUCCUAGUGAUGCGCUCUCUAAAGAACCUCAGCCCCAGGUAGAAGGAAUGGACAAUAAAAUGAGUCAGUGCAGCAGCUCCACCAUUCCUAGCUCAGGUCAAGAAAAAGACUCGAAAAUUAAGACAGAAACAAGUGAAGAGGGAUCUGGAGACUUAGAUAAUCUAGAUGCUAUUCUGGGUGAUCUGACUAGUUCUGACUUUUAUAAUAAUCCCAUAUCCACAAAUGGCAGUCAUCUAGGGACCAAGCAACCAAUGUUCCAAGGAACAAAUUCUCUGGUAGGUUUGAGAAGCCCACAGUCUGUGCAGUCUGCUCGUCCUCCGUAUAACCGUGCAGCAUCUCUAGAUAGCCCUGUUUCUGUUGGCUCAAGUCCUCCAAUAAAGAAUAUCAGUGCUUUCCCCAUGCUAGCAAAGCAGCCUGUGCUGGGUGGGAAUCCAAGGAUGAUGGAUAGUCAGGAAAAUUAUGGCUCAAAUAUGGGUGGACCAAACAGAAAUGUGACACUGAACCAGACUCCUUCUCCAGAGUGGGGCUUACCAAACUCAAAGGCCAGUAGAGUGGAACCUAUGAGUUCUAACUCCAUGGGAAGACCAGGAGAUUACAGUGCUUCUUUACCCAGACCUGCAAUGGGGGGCUCUGUGCCCACUUUGCCUCUUCGGUCUAAUAGUAUACCAGGUGCAAGGCCAAUGUUGCAGCAGCAGCAGCAGCAACAGCAACAGCAUAUGCUUCAAAUAAGGCCUGGUGAGAUUCCCAUGGGAAUGGGGGUCAAUCCCUAUGGCCAAGCAACACCAGCUAAUCAACCAGGUUCCUGGCCAGAUGGCAUGCUGUCCAUGGAACAAGGGCCCCAUGUGCCUCAAAAUAGACCUCUUCUCAGGAAUUCCCUGGAUGAUCUCCUUGGGCCACCUUCUAACCCAGAAGGCCAGAGUGAUGAGAGAGCAUUGUUGGACCAGCUACACACACUCCUGAGUAAUACAGAUGCCACAGGCCUGGAGGAAAUUGACAGAGCUUUGGGCAUCCCUGAACUUGUAAAUCAGGGACAAGCUUUGGAGCCCAAACAAGAUGCCUUCCAAGGCCAAGAAGCAGCAGUACUGAUGGAUCAGAAGGCAGCUUUGUAUGGGCAGACAUAUCCAGCACAGGGGCCUCCAGUGCAAGGAGGCUUUAAUCUUCAGGGACAAUCGCCGUCUUUUAACUCUAUGAUGACUCAGAUGAACCAGCAAGGCAGUUUCCCUCUCCAAGGAAUGCACCCCAGGGCCAACAUCAUGAGACCCCGGACAAACACUCCCAAGCAACUUAGAAUGCAGCUUCAGCAGAGGCUGCAGGGCCAGCAGUUCUUGAAUCAGAGCCGGCAGGUGCUUGAAAUGAAAAUGGAAAACUCCGCUGCUGCUGCUGCUGCCGCCGCCACUGCUGCUGCAGCAAUCAGGCCCAUGAUGCAGCCCCAGCAGGGUUUUCUGAAUGCCCAGAUGGUUGCCCAACGCAGCAGAGAGCUGCUAACUCACCACUUCCGACAGCAGAGGGUGGCGAUGAUGAUGCAGCAGCAGCAGCAGCAGCAGCAGCAGCAGCAGCAGCAGCAGACCCAGGCCUUCAGCCCACCCCCAAAUGUGACUGCUUCCCCCAGCAUGGAUGGGGUUUUGGCAGGACCUGCCAUGCCACAAGCUCCACCACAGCAAUUUCCAUAUCCACCAAAUUAUGGAAUGGGACAACAACCAGAUCCAGCUUUUGGUCGAGUGUCCAGUCCUCCUAAUGCAAUGAUAUCAUCAAGAAUGGGCCCCUCUCAGAAUCCCAUGAUGCAGCAUCCUCAGACAGCAUUGUAUCAGUCCUCAGAAAUGAAGGGCUGGCCAUCAGGAAAUGUGGCCAGGAACAGCUCAUUUCCCCAGCAGCAGUUUGCGCACCAGGGGAAUCCUGCAGCAUACAGCAUGGUGCACAUGAAUGGCGGUAGUGGUCACCUGGGACAGAUGAACAUGAAUUCCAUGCCCAUGUCUGGCAUGCCCAUGGGUCCUGAUCAGAAAUAUUGCUGAUGUCUCCAAACCUGGACCUCUGAGGAAAUCACUGUACAAAUGACACUGCACUAGGAUAAUCCGGAGGUAAAGAAUCAUUGUCCAGGUGUCCAGCUUUGAAGCAAGGACCAGCUUUGAUCUCCGCAGGGCUAUUCCAAGUGAUGUUACUUGGGCAGGACUGGAUCUGAAGCUGAAGUGCGACAUCUACCUGUCCCUCCCCCGCUCCCCCACUUCUGUAUAUCAUGGUAUUCAAAACAAAUGUUUUUAGCAUUCUGCCUCCUAGGGAUGUGAAUCUGGAGAUAUGGAGUGUUUAUUACAGAACUCCUGUGUCACUUCCUUCUGCCUUGCUAGCCAGUCUUUCAAAUAGAUGUAAGUGGACCAGAGAGCAUUGGAGAAACCAGGGACCACCAGAACACCUGUUUUUUUUUUUUUAAUGGCAGUAUUGGACAAAGCAUAGUCCCAGUUAUUAAGUGUUUUUGUCACCACCAAGCAGUUUUGUGUUGACCCUUUGUCCAGUGGAGUUGUCAUUUGAAUCCUUGUCCUUUACUGAUGGUGUUGAGUUGCUCUGUCCCUUUUAUUGUCCUAGGCCUUUUCCUGAUGAAGAUGUUCAUUUGGCCCUAAUGUACUGUAACACUUCACCUCCAGGAUUUGUCGUGUAUGAUAAAUGGCUGUGCAGAAGGGAACAUGAGCUGACAGUAUUUAAUUGCAGCAGUGGCAAAUUUUUCAUAUGCUAACGUGCAGCUGAGUGCACUUUAUUGAAAAAGUAAUGGAUAAAUGCAAUAUUCCUGAGGUCUUGAGGAAUGAGGAGCCACAUUCCUGGUUUUGUCCACACUAUUCUAUUGGACAAGAACUAUGAUUUAUUUUUUUUUAAAGUGCUGGUGUCACCCUUUGCCUAUAUGGUAGAGCAAUAAUGCGUUUUGAAAAUAAACUUCUGAAAACCCAAGGCCAGGUACUGCAUUCUGAAUCAGAAUUUUGCAGUGUUUCUGUGAAUAAGUUUUUUUUUUUUGUAAAUAUGACCUUUAAGAUAUUGUAUUAUGUAAAAUAUGUAUAUACCUUUUUUUUGUAGGUCACAACAACUCAUUUUUACAGAGUUCGUGAAGCUGAAUAUUUAACAUUGUUGAUUUUAGUAAACUCUGUGGUGAGGCUACAAACAGCAGAGACACCUGUCUCGUGGCCUGAGGAGGAGCAGUGGUCCACGGCUCUUCCUCCCGCCGGCAUUAGUCACCUCAUUUUUUUUUUUUUUCAAUCUCUUAAUCUAAAUGCUUUUUAAAGAGAUCAUUUGUUUAGAUGUAAUCAUUUAAAAAAAUUUUUUUUUAAGCUCCUCUACCAGAGAACUAAGCACUUUCUUUUUGGGGAAAGAAUAGAUAUGGGAAAAUAAACUUAAAAUAUCAGCAGUUAAAAAUUAAGCAAUUUGAUUUAAAAAGAAUCUUUUGGAUUUUAAGCAGACCAUAAAUGAACAAUAAUUCCUCCCUUCCUUUUUUCAUGUAAACUGUAUAUGCUGCCUUUUCAUCCAUUUUAGGAGUGCUCUAAGAAUUUGAUUGCUGGGACUUGAAUCCCACACUGUCACCACAGGAGUCAAAUCCUUGGUGUGUGGUUUCUGGUGCCUGCUCAGCUGUGUCUGGUCAUUCUGCUGCUAUGUGUGGUGUUCUCACGGCUUCCCUGAAAGUUAGGACAGUGUCGUGGUUGUUUCUUCAGAACUUCAGUAUCCAUAAUAGCCAGUUUUGCCGUGACUCGGAGCCAGUCUGAGCACUGCCCCCACACACCUGCCACUUUUCUCUCUCUGAUACUGUUCUAAUCAUUUUGGAGUAGGAGAAAAAUCAAGUUUAAUUCUCAUUAUCUGGGUUACUUUUUUUUGGGUUCAAAUAGUUGAAUAAAUUGGGUUUUGGGAUAUUUAUGAAUUUCAAAUGUCUCUGCUAGCCUUGGUGUCAUUUUCUAGCAAUAACUAAGAGCCACUUGAUUUUUUUUUUUAAACUUUCACAUGAUUAGCCAACCUUUUUCGAUGUCUCUUAAGGUAAGAUCAUUUAAUUUCUUUGACAUACUUGAAUAAGUGAAGCCCCAUUUCCAGAAACUACCACUAGAGUGGGUUUUAUAUUUUCAACAGUGUGUAGACCAUCAUGAGCUUGCCUCUUACCUCCCCACCCCCCUGCGAUAAAAAUAAAUCUCAGAUUGUAAAUCCAUGAACUUCCACCUUAUUGGCCCAGGCUUUUCAGAUGACAUCGUCUCCUGUGUGGAGCCAGAGCCACACCAAGUGAGUCUUUUUCAAUCUAGUGGUUUUGGGUGUGUCUGAACUUUCCUCAUUCAAAUUGUAUAUAUGGGGAGGACAGAAUGGUGCUCCUACCUUUCUUGACUUUUAAAAAUUGAAACAAAACUUUUUUUCAGUCCUGACUCUAGGCCGAUGGAAGGCAGCAACACCCACUUUUUGUAUGGGGAAAAUAAUGAGAUUAUAAGUUUUUAUAUUUUCUACUUAUUGAUUUUAUUGGUGCAAACUCAAGAUUUUGGUUUCCUUUUAAUGGAUGCAGUCUUUGAGAUAAUUUGUUUUUAACCUUUAUUGUCCUUUUAUCAUUUUUGGAUAAUUCUUUUUGUAUUCCUGCUGCCUACCUCUCUUAAACUCUCCCUUCAGCCCCCUCUUUUUAAACAUAGGUAUCUGUUGAGUAAACAGUAUAUCUUUUCAUCUGCUUUUAGGAUGUGGGGUAUUUCCAGUACCUACUUUUUUGCUGAAUCCAAAGAUUAUUAUAUAAAUAAAAAUAUAUUUUAUGAAGAUCAAAAUGAUAUAAAGGAGAUACAUGUUUCUUCCUUUAGAAAAUAGAAAUUGCAUUGUUAAUGUUAUGAUGCCAUUUUUCUAAAUUGUGCAUCUGGAUUGAAAGGUGUAAAUAUCAACAAUCUUAGUUUAUCAGUGUUGAAUAUCUAAGGUGGGUUGGGGGUACACAAGGGAGUUGUGUACUGCGCAAGAUGAGAGUUGGCUGGUGUCCUAGAAGUUCUUUGAACCAGAGGUAGAUGCAGCUGGAAGUAGAUAGCAUGAAUCUGUGAACAGCUGCCCACAUGCCUUCCCAGGUCUCUUCAUUUGCAGAAGCCAUGAGUUAUGUUCCCAAGGAGGAAAUGCACAGGAGCGAGAGCUCUAGGACAGAUGAGGUUUUACCCCUGCAGCAGAGGAAUUUGGGUUGUUUUCAACUCCAAGGCAUACUAUUUGCAAACAGGCAGGGUGUUUUCUUUUUCUUCCCUUCUUUCUUUUUCUUUCCAGUGUAUGGAGUUUUGAAGAAGAUGGAAAUGUCAUUCUGAGAGCAAUAUUGAAAUUCUCAGGAAUUGACCAAACAGUGUUGAGAAUGAAUUUGGUUUCAGUCAAGUUUACAUUAAGUCAUUCUUCACAUUGCAAAGCAUCUAACUACAUGGGAAUACUCAUGAAAUGGGGUGGUGAGCUGUGACUGCUUUGCUGACAGUUUUGGAUGUUCUUGUAAAUAAAGGUUUCUAUUUAAAACCAGA